AUGGGGACAUAUGGAGAGAGGUUCGAGGCCAUCAAUUUCAAGAACUUGUGUGGCGUGGAGAUUAGGGUUGUUAUUGCUAAGAUUGUCAUUGUUGUUGGGUUGUUACAGGUUAGAGUCGUAGAUUCCCUGAACGUCUCUCGAUUGUCCCCCGAAGUUCCCAAAGUUUCCCUUAGUCCCCCCAAACUCUCCAAGUCGUCCCCGAAGUCCUCGAAGCCUGAAGACCCCAAGUCCCCUCGAAGUACUGUCGAAGUCCCUCGAAGUCCCCGAAGACCCCAAACCCUCAACCCGAACGUCCCAAAGUCGCCCGAAGUCCCGAAGACCCCCGAAUCCCCCGAAGUCCCCGAAGAACCCCUAAAGUCCCCCAAAACCCCCCGAAGUCCUCGAGUCGCCCAAAGCCCCCGAAGUUCCCUAAAGUCCCCCAAACUCCCCCAUCGUCCAGUCCCCGUUCCCCUCCGAAGACCGCCUGAAGACCCCAAAGUCCCAAAGUCCCUGAAAGUCCCCGUCGACUCCCCGAAUCCGCCAGCCCAAAGUCCUCGAGAGUCCCCGAAGUCCUUCCUCCAAGACGAAGGCGAGAGGACCCAGGAAGCUCCCAAAAACAUGAUGUCCGCCCUGCCAUGA